UUUACUGUGAAUAAAGUCGAGGGAUGGUGCUGCAGCUGGCGCGAGCGAUGGGGCUGCCAGGUACCUCCAUCAAGCCGCCGCCAUCCGUGGGUCACGUCAUUCAGGUCAAGUCCAAAGGCACAAUGGAUCUCACCGCCAUGGUGGUUUCGAACCCACCACCAAGUACUAGUACUCCACUACCCGUGGCUGCAACGUCACCUCGAACUGCAAAGGCGCAUCCCACAACAAACCAAACGUCCUUUCAUCUCACGCCCACUGCUAUCUCCGCCACCACGUCCAAGCCGUCAGCUUCGCCUCUCAAACUGAGUGACGUGGAGCCCCACCAGACGACCAAAACCACGACAGUCAGUAGCUCGGUGACUACGUUGACGCCGUUCUGGGAAGCAACGGCCACAUCGGAAAACCACCAUCACCAACAGCAGCAGCAGCAGCAAUCGGUAUCCAAGCUGUUGAAACGGCGUCCUGUGACCAAACUACUCCACACGGAUGACGUGGCAUCGCCACAGCCGACCGCGUUUACAUUUUAUUAAACCUCCGUCUUGACCAAAACCUUAUAAGUACUACUAAC